GGUUCGGUAUAGAAAUGUGUCAGAUUUGUAACGACAUCCAGGGUGACUUUUACGUGUAUCUACGUCGUUUAUCUAUUAUCUGCGGUCGGAUUGGGGGCCGAAAUUUGUAUAAUUCACGCGCAUAUCCCGCCCCCUUGCAUGCUCUUCCCUCCCUUCUAAAUCAACAAGCUCGGGGAAGUCUUUCAGAACCCAGCGUGGUGCCAGUCCAUCUCUACCACAAGCCAGUGCAAGUUGCGUAAACUAUCUUAAUCCCACUUCUGCACAACAACACGUGCCAAAAACAACCCCUAAAAAUAAUGCCCUGAAAAAAUCGUGACAGUAAGUGCCACACAAAUUCGAAACAUGUCUUCGCCAAAGCCCAUCCACAACCAAGAGCACAUCAAGCGGCCCAUGAACGCCUUCAUGGUCUGGUCAAGAGGGCAGCGCCGCAAAAUGGCCCAAGAAAACCCCAAAAUGCACAAUUCGGAAAUUUCGAAACGCCUGGGAGCCGAAUGGAAAUUGCUGAGUGAAUCCGAAAAAAGACCCUUCAUCGAUGAGGCCAAGAGAUUAAGAGCCCUCCACAUGAAAGAACAUCCCGACUACAAAUACCGUCCACGAAGGAAACCCAAGCCACUGUUAAAAAAAGAACCAAAAUUCGGCUUCUCAAUAUCUCCUCUAAUCUCGUCCUCCAUGGAUGGCCAAAAUAUACCUCGAUCCAUGAUGCCUCCAAUUUCAGCCGCAACCAGCCUCCCGUCGCUCCUGUCCCAUCAUCCAGACCAAGAUCCUCUAAAAAUCCCUCGCAGCUUGUUCCCUCCUCUUCCCUACUUGUACCCCUUUCGGCACCCCGAAGAAUCAAAAUUUGCAGCCGAACUAGCGCUACUGUACAGCAACAGCCACCUCUACCCUCCUAGUAUCAACUGGCCUAUCAACAACCUUUCCAGUAACGUCAACAGCCCUUGCAAUAUCUGUCCUCCUGCGUUUCCCAGAAGAACUCCCAGUCCUGAUGGCAUGAAAAGACCAGUCUGCGUCAUCAUGAAAAACGACGAAUUUCGGAACGAAGGAAUACAAGGGCACGUUAUAUGAAAACCACUUCCGGUUCUUCCGGAAAGGUUGAACCUGGGAACUUGGUUUAGUGAUAUUGCGAAUCUAGCGACUAGUUCGGUGGGGUCAUCAUCGCAGACGACGAGUUCUCUGAAUGUGGGCCAAGAUGGUGCCUCUGGAAGGGAUAGUUGCAGUCCGGGAGCUUUGAGUGACAAAGUUAUUGGCACUUACACUAAUAAUUGAACAGUUUGUUGUGUGAUAAGGUGUCUAUAUUCACAAAAUUUUAUCAAGUUUUAAAAUUAAUAGAAAAUUAACGAUUAUUAUUAUGUGUUAUAAAAUAAAGACUAAUAAGACGGUUUUAGUAUCUGGAGGGGUGGUGCAAUUACUUUAAGUUGUAUAACCAUUUUAAUGUUAAAAUGUAAAACAGAAUCACUUGUUUGUUUUAAAACAGUCUCCUUGUUGAUUACAUUUGUAAUGAUUAUUUUGUUAUAAUAACAUACGAGAUGUGUUUGUUA